AUGCAGAGUUUCAGUGGCAGCUUUGCGCGGCCACGGCCAAAUGCUGAGAACCAGGAGGAGCACGAACUCGCAGUGCUGUGGGCCGGCCUAGAUGCCAUCCGCCUGGCAAGAGAGCAGUGUCUCGACCCUGGUCGACCUGCUGCACGUGAGGACAGGGCCAGGACAGCCGACCCGCCAGACCCUGCCGUGUCCUUUAUGCCAGUCUUCCGCCGCACCGACACCUUGCAAAUGGGUGCAGCUGAACUCGGACACGUCUUGUGGCUUCCGACCCGCUCGGCCGCCGGGCAGGUGUGGCUUCGCCGCGCGAAGGGCCUGGUUCUUCCGACUUUCAUGGGCCUCACCGCAAGCGAGCCGGCGCGGGGCGGCCUGGAGGAGCACAUGCAUGACCUCGGCGAUAUGAACGACGAUGGGCAAGCAGAGAAGGCGACGGUGCUUCCGCCACCCUCCGUGCGGCAGUCUGCGCGCCCGUGCCAUGUGGUGGCUGUCCCGGCAAGUGGCCAGGCUGGCGGAUGGAACGAGUGCCUUCUCCUGCGUGAGGCCUUCUUAACGGAGCUUGGCUGCGCUCAGCCUGGCAUCGAAAAUCUGGCCGUGGAUCGAGUGGCGGAGCGCCUGGUGUCUCGUCAGCUUUGGGAGGCGCUUGCCAAGUCUCUGGAGCUUCGGAGGCACGCAGCUCGAGUUUUCCGGGAGAACCACGGCUGGCUGCCUGACUUGGAGGUGCAACCACGCCAAGACCAGCCAGGCACAGGCCAGGGCCAGCGCAUCAACAGCUUCUUUCGCCGCGGUGCGUUCGAGCCGGUGGUCGGGGAAGGUGGACUUCCCUACGUGGACGCAGAGGCCAACUGCCAGUCGCUACUCGAGCUUCUCAGGAUUCGCUGCACGCCGGAUUUUGAGAACCUGGCCGUGGCGCUGCGGAUCUGGGUGGACAAGGACCUCGUAAUGAAAGGUGUUCACCUUUGCCUGAUUGUGCUAACACCACCCGCCUUGCUGCAGCGAGCCAUUGCCGAGAGGCCAGCAGACUCUGUGGAGAGCGAGCCUGAACGCAGAGUCUCCAAUGUUUUGACGUUGGCCAUUCUGCGCAAUCUCAUCUUCAUCCCAGGCAAAGGCAAGAUCAGUGCGCAGGAGGCAGUCUGGUCUGCUGGGACAGUAGACGGUGAUUUUGCUCGCAGGGUUUGUGCACUGGCCAGCACUUCGAUGCUGGAGGAGAUCUAUGGGCAGACGCUGCGAGGGUGGUUCUGCGAGUUUCUGACUGUCCGCGAGUCGCCUGGCAUGUGGCAGUUGCUGCGAGCUUUGCAGAGGCUGAUUCCAAGCCACGCUGGGGGUGAGGGCGAUGCCUUGGCUCCAUCAACUAAGCCUAGCCUGAGCUUCCUUCGGCAACUUUACGCUGAAAUAAUGAUGCAGCUGGAGGAGUACAUUCGCGAGUCUGUGGUCAACGACGGUCAGCAGAGCCGGCUGAAGCGGCGACGCACGGAGGACGGUCAUUCAUUGAUAGAGACGGUGGAGUCCAAGUUUCAGUCGCGACGGCUGAUCAUACUGCCACAGACGCGAAACCGGCCUUGGAAGUUCCUCGCAACCUCACAGGCCUACUGGUCAGUCGAUGAUGAACUCUCUGAGCUGCCAUGCAGCCAGUUCGCGUUGAAGAAUUUCUAUGGAGUCCAGGUCAAAACGCGCAGCGAGGAGUGUGGAACAGGUCUGGCAAUCAUAGACUUGAAAGACUUUUUUGUCCAGGUCCUCGGAGUCAAAGAGGUGCUGACACGGGAGGAGCUGGCUCGGCGACUGCAGCCUGCAGACAGGCUCGUGAGCUUGAGUCGGACGUACUCAAAGUGCUUCGCCGUUUGCAGCUUCGACCUGACCGAGCUGCGGCAGAAACGUUGCCAGGCUGCGAAUGCCAACAUGGAUGCAGACUCUGAUGACAGCAGUGAGGCACCGUGUCUUGUGAAGUUGCUGCGCCGUUCGGACGACACCGGAGUUCCCGAGGAUGAUGGAGCCUUGGACCUGGAGGAUCUUCUGGGCGACGAAGCUGGAGCUCUUAGCAUCUUGCCGCCGGGGGCCGCGCGAGGAGGCCGUCGGGGCGAAGCUUCGCGGAGGUCGGCAGCGGCACCUGAUGCGCAUGAUAUGGAUGUCGAUGCUGCAGCGAUGCGAAGCCUCCUGACCCGCUGCUGCCAACGCACUCGUGCGGCGCAGCCUGCGGAAGUGCUCUACUCCGGCCCGGGUGCUGGGCAGCAGGCAUCUGCCACCGCAGAGGUGUCUCUUCGGCGGAUGAGCUGGUCCUACCGUGGUGCCAGCCUAUAUGCCUGCGGCCCUCCGAGUCUGAUGGCCAAUGUGGAGGCCCUGCAGAAUCUGGGCAUCACAAUAGCAGGCCGCCAGGCCGCCCAUCCGAAGGGAAGCUUGCUGCCAUCUUCAGGAUUGCAAAGUCGUUUCAGUGGCUUUGUCGACGCCGUACUCUUGCCUCUGGCAUCCUUCUUCCAGGUUCCAAUCGGAAGCCUUGCGGCCGCAGUCGGGCCUGGCAUUGGUCGGGGAAGAAACAUGCAUGGCCUGAUCUGCUUCAGCCUUCCCGACGGCGUUGCUGCUUCGCGGCCGGCCGACCUCUGCCGGUGGUACUGCGAGAUGUGCCGCUUGUUGGCCGGCGACCACGCAGGGGACUUCAGCGCAGCAGAGGCAUCCAGCUCCGUUGCGUUUGUUUGCAUUGCCGAUUAUAAAAAUUUUGGUCGGACUUUGCCGUCAAUUACAAUGUGUAAACGAAGUUGA